AUGGCUGUUCUCAUGGACUCUAGUAGUAGAACCCACAUUCACGAUCUCCUAGACGACGUUCUCAUCAGGAUCUUGUGGCCUUCCAAGCAGUCAGUCAUUUCUUGCACAUCGGACAGCGAUGCGCUGUGCAACUUUGUCACGCCAAGGUCUAAUCAUCUCUACAGGGACGCUACUCCGGACACUGCGAUGCCGACCCUUCCUGCCUCUGCAGAUGCCGCUCAUAGUCUCGUCAUCGCGUCCAUCUGCCGUCGCUGGCGGCGUCUCGCUCAGAGGCAUGUUUCGACGCUUCUCGUCAAAGAAGACCGCGCAGUUUCUCGUCAGGAUGUCCUCACCGCCGUCGCUUGCUUCCCGAAUUUAACCCACCUGCAUCUGUCGGACGGAAGUGUUGAAACGCUGGACAACUCAUUUCUAGCUGACCUCGCCUCCUCAUGUCCUGGGUUGAGAGCGCUGCACGUGGGCAAGUUGAUGAUGGCAGCGGACGAUGGACAGCACGGAAGGAGGGACCGCUUUAUAACCGAACCUGGUUUGGACUAUUUCUUCCGUCACUGCCCUCAGCUAGAGCAGCUGUCGCUGUACUGUCUUGAGGGAGAUCAGAACCCACCAGCUUCAUUUUUUCAGCUUCAACAUUUGAGCAUCCUCGUCUUGACCAAUACUUGGAUCUUAAAGUCUCCAAACCUCAGCCGCCUUUCGUCCCUCACUGCACUCUCCAUUGAAGCCUUCUCUCUUCACUACGACCAGCUUUCUAGCCUCCUUCAACUCACCAACCUCAUCCGCCUCUCCUUGCCGGAUGACAUUCGCGUCGUUUCACCAGAUCCCCCUGCCUUCUCGCUCGCCCAGCUACCCUCUCUCGAGUCUCUCAAGUUUGGACUGCACGGUGCUCAGUUCAGCGUUUUUCCCCCUCUUGGAUCGCCAUACAGCUUCCUGAAACGCCUGCAGCUUAACGAGUGCUUCAGCCAAGAGCGGAUUCCAGACAGUGUAGGAGAGGUGCUGCCACGCCUCCAAGAGCUCAGCAUCAGCGGCCAAAGCUUCAGGGACUUGACUGAUCAUUUCACCUCCCUCACCUGCUUGGAGAGCUUGACCAUUUCCUCAUGCCUCGUGCUCACUCUACCUGAAAACUUUGGGAAUCUUCCAGCUUUGAAGGCGCUGGUGCUGCAGGAGCUGCCGCUUUGCCAUCUCCCGGCUUCCUUCACUAGACUCGCAUCGCUGGAGUCGUUUUGCCUGUGUGACUGCAUGGGGGUGGAGAAGCUACCUGCAGGGUUUGGCAACCUCACUGCACUGCAGACUCUCAGCCUUGCGUGGCUGAUGAAACUGGACCUUCCAGAAGACUUGGGGGGGCUGACCAAUCUUCAAAUCUUCCAUCUCAUUAAAAACAGGGAAGAGCAGCUGCCAUCGUCAUUCACGCAGCUGGCUUCGCUGACCAGGUUGGAGCUAGAUCGGUGCGCGAUUGCCGGGCUUCCUGUGGGGAUGGCAGAGAUGACAAACCUGCAGGAGCUCCACAUUCUGAAGUGUCCGGCCUUCAAGGAGCUUCCGGAAUGUGUGACGGCGCUCACCAGCCUUCAAUUGCUGAGGAUUCAAGAGUGUCGCCGUCUCUCAUCGGUUCCCAGGAGGCUGGACAGCCUUACCAGGCUGAAGCAGUUGGAACUGAGGGGAUGUUGGCUGCUGAGAGAAGCCCCUCAAGCUCUGCCUCUCACUCUCCAGGCGCUAUCCUACUUGGAAAACAAUCCAUGCCCGGAUGUUAUCUUCCCUUCCAGAUAUCUUGGGGGCAUUCUCAAGGCUGCACAGGCUGGACUUAUCCCACUGCUCAUCCCUCACGCGUCUCCCUGCUUCCCUCACGCAGCUCUCCUGCCUGCAUUAUCUGAACCUCAGCUACACCAGCAUCUGCAUGCUUCCUCCUAA